GUUGACUUCAUCCACACCGCAUACCUCCAUCUUGGGCCCGAUGCGCCGCUGGUGCCCCUCGACGAUGAUUCAGAAAGCUCAUGGCGCCCCUCCUCCAGCGGCGCGUGCAACCCAAUGCGGACGAUCAGCGGUCCCGUCCCUGCCCCGCGUCCUGUCAUCGCCCACUGAAACGCUGCUCGGCAGCAGGGUCCAGCCAGUGCCAGGGCAGCCACGAUCAUCAGGGCUCAGCCACGAGAACGUCAUCAUUCUGCAUCAUCGCCGCGGUUGAUGAGAGCGAACUGAUGAGGCCGUCAGCAAGAAAGGCAAGACUUGAAUGAAGAUGCCUAUAAAACGGCGCACGCAUGGCCAGAUUUGUGUCCCUCUCUUGGAUGAGACCGAAGACGACGCAUUCACCCGAUCACGCGAUCCGACAGCUCCAAUAAUCGUGCAUCCAAGAAACAAUAAGCCUCGUGUAGAACUGAGUUCUCUCCUGCGCCGCAUAUCGGUCAUGGACGCGAGCCAGGAACAACAGUACGCGACGUCGAAUCUUCGGCCCUCUUCCAAGCCAUCGAUGCCGAGCCAAGAAUCGUCAACAACAAGCUCGACAGGAAGCAACAUCAUCAUGCCUUCUACAGGCGGCCGCGGCGACACACAAAAAAAGCGCCAAGUCGUCGUCCCACUUCGACAGCUGCGCCCGGAGCCACAGUGGAUCGACUGCCCUAAGUGCGGACAGACGGCACAGACGCAGAUCCAGUGCCGCAGCGAGGGCAAGCAAAAGUUUAUGAAUGUGUUUUGGUGGCCUCUUCCGGGCCGCAAGCACUGGUGGGAGAAGACGCGCUGGCUGUGCGGCAACUGCCAUACGGAGCUGGCGAUGCAAAAGUAUAACGAUGACCUCGAGGUUUUGGCCUAGUACAUGUAGUUUUGUGGCUUCCAUUGUCUGCCGGCGGCGGUCGGCGGCCCAUGGUGAAUUUGGAUACCUAUUUGAGCGUGGGACGAUCAUGUAUAGUACUACUGCCUUGCCUUGUUGCCCGAGAUCCGUUUAAUGCAGCGCAUCUGCCCUCCUUGGCAACCCAAGACAAAUAGAUCUUUUUAUCGUGCU